AUGUCGCGGUUCGUCGACAAGCUGCCGUUCUUCGACCGGAGGGCGUCGCCGAUGGAGGAAGCCGACGAUAUCCCGCGCAGCGGCCUCCUCCACCUGCACGGCGGCCACCACCACUACCAGCACCACCACCAACCGCAGACCGCCUUGAUGGCGCCGGAGCCGUCCCCGCCCACGACCAAGCAGUCCUCCUCCACUCUGGCGCAGCUCCUCAAGCGCGUCAACGACGCGCGCAGCGACGCCUCGUCGCCCAACUCGUCCCCGUCCCACUACACCAUCGAGCUCGGAGCCUCCAUGCCGGGCUCCACCGGCAGUGAGAGCGAGCACACCAGCCUCACCGGUGUCGGUGUCGGUGUCGGCGACGGCACGCUGCUGCCGUUCGUGCUCAAGUUCACCGACCUCACGUACAGCGUCAAGCAGAGGAAGAAGGGCCCCUGCCUGCCCGCGCUGCCGUUCCGCCGCGGGGACGCGGAGCCCGAGGCGCCGCGGAUGAAGACGCUGCUGGAUAAUGUCUCCGGGGAGGCCCGGGAGGGCGAGAUCAUGGCGGUGCUCGGUGCCAGCGGGUCCGGCAAGAGCACGCUCAUCGACGCGCUCGCCAACCGCAUCAGGAAGGAGAGCCUCCACGGCUCCGUCACGCUCAACGGCGAGUCCAUGGACAACAACCUGCUCAAGGUCAUCUCGGCGUACGUGAUGCAGGACGACCUCCUGUACCCGAUGCUCACCGUGGAGGAGACGCUCAUGUUCUCCGCCGAGUUCCGCCUGCCGCGCUCCCUCCCCACCAAGGAGAAGAAGAAGCGGGUGCAGGCGCUCAUCGACCAGCUCGGCCUGCGCAACGCGGCCAACACCAUCAUCGGCGACGAGGGACACCGCGGCGUGUCGGGCGGCGAGCGCCGGCGUGUGUCCAUAGGAGUGGACAUCAUCCACGAUCCCAUCGUGCUGUUCCUCGACGAGCCCACCUCCGGGCUCGACUCCACCAGCGCCUUCAUGGUGGUGAAGGUGCUGCAGCGCAUAGCCCAGAGCGGCAGCGUCGUGGUCAUGUCCAUCCACCAGCCGAGCUAUCGCAUCCUCGGCCUCCUCGACCGCCUCCUGUUCCUGUCCCGCGGCCAGACUGUGUACUACGGCCCUCCUGGUUCGCUGUCGUCCUUCUUCUCGGACUUCGGCAAGCCCAUCCAUGACAACGAGAACCCGACGGAGUUCGCGCUGGACCUCGUCAGGGAGCUCGAGACCAUGCCGAAGAUGAAGCACGCCGACGACGGGAACGGCGGGAAGCCAUCGCUCUCUCUUCAGGAGGCCAUCAGCGCCAGCAUCUCUCGCGGGAAGCUCGUGUCCGGCGCGACCGACGGCAAUGUCACGGUGCCCUCGCCGUCGUCCGCCCCGGCGUCCACGGUGGCCAAGUUCGCGAACCCGUUCUGGAUCGAGAUGGGGGUGCUGACCCGUCGCGCGUUCCUCAACACGAAGCGCACGCCGGAGAUCUUCGUCAUCCGCCUGGGCGCGGUGCUCAUCACGGGGUUCAUCCUGGCGACCAUCUUCUGGCGCCUUGACGACUCGCCCAAGGGCGUGGAGGAGCGGCUGGGCUUCUUCGCCAUCGCCAUGUCCACCAUGUUCUACACCUGCUCCGACGCGCUGCCCGUGUUCCUCAACGAGCGCUACAUCUUCCUCCGCGAGACGGCGUACAACGCGUACCGGCGGUCCUCGUACGUGCUCUCCCACACCAUCGUCGGCUUCCCCUCGCUCAUCGUCCUCUCCCUGGCCUUCGCGGUGACCACGUUCUUCGCGGUGGGGCUGGCGGGCGGCGCCGAGGGGUUCUUCUUCUUCGUGGCGAUCGUGCUGGCGUCGUUCUGGGCCGGGAGCGGGUUCGCGACGUUCCUGUCGGGCGUGGUGACCAACGUGCAGCUGGGGUUCCCCGUGGUGGUGUCGACGCUGGCCUACUUCCUGCUCUUCAGCGGCUUCUUCAUCAACCGGGACAGGAUCCCCAAGUACUGGCUGUGGUUCCACUACGCGUCGCUGGUCAAGUACCCGUACGAGGCGGUGAUGAUCAACGAGUUCAGCGACCCCGGCCGGUGCUUCGUGCGCGGGGUGCAGAUGUUCGACAACACGCCGCUGUCCGUCCUGCCGCCGGCGAUCAAGGUGCGGGUGCUGCGGGCCAUGAGCUCCUCCCUCGGCAUCAACAUCGGCACGGCGACGUGCAUCACCACCGGGCCGGACUUCCUCAAGCAGCAGGCCGUCACCGACCUCACCAAGUGGGACUGCCUCUGGAUCACCGUCGCCUGGGGCUUCCUCUUCCGCAUCCUCUUCUACAUCUCGCUGCUGCUCGGGAGCAGGAACAAGAGGAGGUAG